CACACAGGUCCAGUGAGGGAGACUCAGAAACAAGAAACGCAGUGGAGCAUCUGAUACAGAUCGCUGCACGUUUGUUUUUGUAUUACUGAUAUACAGUAGCAGUGUAUGUAGGAUAAAGUGUAAAGCUUUAUUCUGUAGCAUCCUCUGCGGAACUUACUUUUAUAUGUCCACUGUUUAUUUAAAUUCAAAAUGAAAAGGAUUAUAAUUAUAUUUGCAGAAAUGUUCCAGUAGAUUAAGUUCCCAGUGGUGUAGAAACCCAACAUUUUUAAGGACACAAAACUGCAAUUUUGAGCAUACAUAAGUUGUGUAUCUCUGGAAUUCAGCACCUUGGGCAUGGAUUUGAACACUGAUGCCAGCAUUCCCACUGCUGCUACUUGUGCAGUGGAGGAAGAACAGCAACAACAACAACAACAACCAGAGCAAGAGACCAAUCAACAACCAGGCACAGAGUCUGACCACACCCUUAACUCCUUACAGCCAAUCAAGAAUGAGCAACAGGAUCCACCCCCUGUUACAACACCUACUCCUGCCUUAGGCCCCGUCCCUUCACAGGAAGACCCACCUAAAGUUCACCUGACAGUCAUUGAUGAGAAGAUGGAAACAAGUAAUGGUGUUUGCCAUACUCUUAUCGACAGUUCUCCGUCUGCUUCCUCUCCUCCUCGCCAGCAGCACGGCAAGCCUUAUCACGGGCAUGCGAAUGGACGUGCUAGGCUGAGCAGUCGCUCUGGGUCACUGAGUGUUGCGGGGUCACCUCGGCCGUCGCUCUCCCGACAGCCCAGCACAAUCACCGAUGCUGGAAUAGACGGUUCCAAACCCAACGAUUAUCUCGUAUGGGCUAUUCUGGCCUGCCUCUGCCCUGUCUGGCCAAUCAACAUUGUCGGCUUGACCUUCUCAGUGAUGUCUCGAAACAGUCUACAGCAGGGGAAUGUGGACGGUGCGCGCCGUCUUGGGCGAAAUGCAAAGGUCCUCUCAAUUGUGUCAUUGGUGGGUGGGAUUGUCAUCAUUAUUGUUACCAUCGUCAUCAACUGGGGUGUAAUUCUUAAGACCUGACGGUCGUCAUGACACUCUGGAUGAAGAAAAAUCUAUUUUCGUGCAAUCUAAUCUAAUGUUCACAAUCGACAACCAAUCCAGAUGACCAUUUUGUUCUUCCAUGUGCCAUUCAUUAAAAUACAUCGCCUGAGCUCCUGAAUGCUUUUUCAGCUUUUUUGUACUCAGUCUCAAGACUCUGAAGCUGGACAUUACCUUUAUCAUCUAUUGUGCCAGAAUUAUCAGAAACAACAUGGACUGUUUGAAUGCCUGGGAUCACGAAUAAAGCGGCAAGGCGUGCAUGUUUUUUGUUUUGUUUUGUCACAAAGGACAUUGUAGAUGAUGUGUGUAAAGAGGCUACAAGGAUGAUCUCAUUUCAUUAGUCAUGUACCCUUUCAGGAUAAAAGAGAAUGAAAGAGAUGGAGACGGUUUGAUUUUUGAGAAAGCUUAGAUGAGGCCUUCUUAACCAAGAAUUUGAAGAUUAGCUGUGUUCUCAAAAGCGUGAAUCCAUAAAGCAUCCAUCCAUCCAUCCAUCCGUCUAUCUAUCUAUCUAUCUAUCUAUCUAUCUAUCUAUCUAUCUAUCUAUCUAUCUAUCUAUCUAUCUAUCUAUCUAUCUAUCUAUCUAUCUAUCUAUCUAUCUAUCUAUCUAUCUAUCUAUCUAUCUAUCCUUAAUUUUCACACACACAGAAUGCACAGAUAUUAAGCUGUAGGUUAAAGUAACACACAUAAGCAAAAAAUUAUGUGUAACGGAGAAUCCUACAGAGGGAGAGAUGAAAACAAAGUGGGAGGGGCCGAAGCCAAGCUGCUGUCUUUUGUUUUACACAGAUCGAUGGAUAGAGAGAGAGAGAGAGAGAGAGAGAGAGAGAGAGAGAGAGAGAGAGGAGGAGGGUAGCUGGCUUCUGAUGAAAAGAUACCCCAGAGAUGUGGAAAUGGUGGGAAUGCAGAAGUGUUGAGAGGGAUCUGAGCUGCUUCUGAUUGGCUGAUCGGCUGUAUGAGGAAGCCAGUAUUGUAAUGCUUGCCAGCAUGCCCUGCUUUUUUCUUCACAGCAACAGUAUGCUCAGCCAGUUCCUUCAAGACAGAAAACAAACCACUCAUUUAAAAUUAUGUUUUAUGACCACAUUUGAGUGUAAAAUAUUGAUCCAAAAUGUCUUAAGGUCGUGUUUUUAUACAGUAAUAUUUACAACAAAAUCAUCAAAAUGUGACCUACACAUUUAGCGAGAACACCAGGACAUUUUUACGAUGAGGAAUUGUUUUACACCGCUAAAGCUGUUUGUUUGGUGGAAUGAUUUGAUUGCUUAGCAGAACGAUUUCAUGAAUCAUUCCAAGUCAGGCAACACUGACUGUGCCAAAAUUAGACUAUGCCAAGAGUCCAUAGGAAAGCAUUUUUUCUAGCUAAAGUGGGUAUGUGUGUGACAGAGAUAGGAAAUGAGAGUAUGUAUGCAUUUCUUUUUGUGAGCCUGAUCUCAUGAAAAAAAAGGGAUUGUUGCAGCAUUUUUGCAAUUAUUUUGCAUGGCUCCUUACAGGUAUUGCGACAGAUCUGAGAAGAAAUUUCAGUGUUAAAUUUCUACCAAACAGAUUGAGUUUUAAAUCAACAAAACCAACCUCCCAACACUAAACGUUAAACUUAACUGAUAGGGUCAUAGAAAGCAAAUGUGAGAUAUAGAACAACCAUGUUAUUUUGUGGUGUUUCUGUGACAAUUUCAGCUCACAUGCUCUUCAGGAUUCGUACCCUGGUCUUUUACAUUGGAAGUUAAACUCUAUAUCAGUUGAGCUACUGUGAAAUUUGUGCAUGAACAAGCUUAUAAAUGUAGUUUGUAAUGUAAUGCAAGAGGUCAAAUGUAUCACCUUACAUGUCAUGGACAAAAGUAAAAGUUUUUGAUGUCACAAGAGAGCAUUGUGUGAGGAACAGAAGAAAAAGUGUUAAUGAAUACAUAAUCUCGUGAUUUGUGUGAAAGGAUGAAGAAGUUGUUGUUUUAGCUCCUCUAGGAAACUGCUGCAGUAUGUACAAAGAGCCAUGAAUUUUAUGAGACCAGGUUGCUUUUUGUGGAAGGCACAUUUUGAGUUUUUCUUCUUUUUUUACAUAUUGCAUCCUGAAUCCACUGUUUCACUCAUUUUCAUGGCUUCAUAUCGGUUGCAGGUUUGAGGUUUCACAGUUUCACUAAUGUUUACAGUUUUUUUACGUUUUAAACUCAUAGACCGAGACAAAGGCAAAACCUUCUGUAGCACUUUGUAUAUGUUCAGUAUCUAAAGCAACUAAUUCAGUUUGAUAUUAAGCAUGCUGACUCAGGUUGGCUAAUGAGACGCAGCCAUUUAUGGGCUUGUAGUGGGUUUGGCUUGUGUGAAAGGGAGGGGCUAAAAUUGUGUUUUUGAAACAUUUUGGUUCUGCUCACUUCACGACUCCACCAAUCAAACAUGAAUGGCAUGCACAUUUUAUCAGCUUUGAUGCAAACUGUACAUUCAGUGAAUGCCAGCUUGACCUUUUGUUCUAUUGAAUUGUUCUGCUUAGCUAUUUAUAUUUAACCUGCUUUCACUGUUGAAAUUAAUGAUUGAAUAUACAUAUACAGAACAGUAUGUAUGCAUAGUAUAUGUGUUGGUACAAAUUUGUAUUACUACCUACUGCGUCUGCUAAUCUGAAUGUCUUUGACGGACAUGAACAGUGUUCGAAAUGCAAAUCUUGACUGUUAGAACUACAGUGCUUUCAAAAAUGUGAUCACAUCUACCGGUAAUUAUUUUUAUUGGUACGUAUUUUGAAAAUGGUCUUCUCAUUGUCCAAUAAGUACAUGGUGGGAAAUGGAAAUUGUUUUAUAUAUGCUAUUUGUGUUUUGCCGGUAUGUUUCUGAGAACUUUGACCUUAAUUGCAUGCUUGCACUCCUAAGCUGCACAGUAUAAUUCUUUAAUAUAGUUUUCAAUGAAACCAGCCAAAUCCAAUUUUUUACCUAUGCUUUAAAGAAUCUAUUUUAUUAAUAUCAAAAUAAUUUCAUUCCUUUUUUUGUUUAUAAAACCCUCACACAAAUCCCAUCCUAUUUUGGUGAAAGCACCUAUGCUAGUCAAGACGUUUCCUCUGUGAACUGAAUUGUUUUCUUGAGAUUGAUAUAAGAGCAUUAUAACUGUUGCUAAUAUAAUCAUGAUUUUGUGCAGAUCUGCUUGUGCAUGCCUUAGUGUAGUUCCAAAGCAAUCCAUUAUGUAAUGUGUACUGUAUCUGAAGUGAGGCGUUUGCUAGAUCUUGCAGUAUUGACCCUUAUUCUGCUCUGUACUGACACUGAUUAUGCAUUAAUAAGCCCAGUGAAUAAACUGUCUCUCAUU